AGCACAGCGGCCUCUGCUGACGGAGGACCUCCUCAGCGCGCUGGGCAUUCUGGGUGUCUGGGACGGUACUUGCCUGGGCACGUCAGACUUCAGCAGUGCUGGACUAAACGCGACGCGACGCCACAACACGCCGAGCUCUCUGCUGCAUCAUGUCCAGUCGAGGGGGGAAGAAGAAGAUCUCAAAGACGUCCAGGUCUGCGAGGGCCGGCGUGAUCUUCCCUGUGGGACGGAUGCUGCGCUAUGUUAAAAGAGGGCUUCCCAAAUACAGGAUUGGUGUUGGAGCUCCAGUCUACAUGGCUGCGGUACUGGAGUACCUGACCGCUGAAAUCCUGGAGCUGGCAGGCAAUGCAGCCAGAGACAAUAAGAAGAGCCGCGUCACACCCAGACACAUUUUACUAGCCGUCGCCAAUGAUGAGGAACUUCACCAGUUGCUCAAAGGCGUCACCAUCGCUGCUGGAGGAGUUUUACCCAACAUCCACACAGAGCUGCUGUCCAAGAAGAGAGGAGGGAAAGCAAAGCUGGAAGCCGUCAUCACUCCUCCACCAGCAAAGAAGUCCAAGACCGCCAACCAAGCAGCUGUCAAGAAACUGGGCUCCAAAAACUCCUCAAGAGUAAAGAGACGGGCUGCGAUGGCUACAGCAGUGACCGGUGGCAGCUCUACAGCGGGCGGCCCGGCCGAUGGUCUCACUGUCCUCUCCUCCAAAAGCUUGUUCCUCGGCCAGAAGCUGCAAGUUGUGCAAGCUGACAUUGCCAGCAUCGAAAGUGAAGCGGUUGUUCACCCGACCAACUCCACCUUCUACAUGGGUGGUGAAGUAGGCAGUGCUUUGGAGAAGAUUGGAGGAAAGGAGCUUGCCGAAGCAGUUCUGGAGCUACGCAAGAGCAACGGCCCUCUGGAGGUGGCAGGAGCGGCCAUGACCUCAGGACACGGUCUUUCUGCCAAGUUUGUCAUCCACUGUAACAGUCCGGGCUGGGGCUCAGAUAAAUGUGAGGAGAUGCUGGAGAAGACGGUAAAGAACUGUCUGGCUCUCGCUGACGAGAAGAAGCUCAAAUCUGUGGCCUUCCCUUCCAUCGGCAGCGGCAGAAAUGGUUUUCCCAAGCAGACGGCCGCUCAGCUCAUUCUGAAGGCCAUCUCCAGCUACUUCGUGACAACGAUGUCAUCCUCCAUCAAGACGGUGUUCUUUGUGCUGUUUGACAGCGAGAGCAUCGGGAUCUACGUGCAGGAGAUGGCCAAACUCGACGCCAACUGAAGCAGAACAUCCUCUGUCCAUUUCAGAGGUGGAACUGUGAUUAUUUUAUGCCUGAUGAUGAAGUUUGGGGGGUAAAAUAUUUUGGGUACUUUUAUUAGAACAGAAACAGUUUGGAGUCUUUGAUUUGAUUUGUAACAGCGUGGAUUGG